AUGAAUAGGAUUCAGAAAUUACUAUUCUCAGAAUACAGUGAACUUGAAGAACUCGUUUUGUUAGAAAGCCCUUUCGCAGAAACCGAGAGGAACGGUAACGCCAUACGUCAGGUUCAGUUAGGACUGACUCCAAGAAAUCUCAUUAUUGCUGGAGAUAUGAUCACACCUGCAGAUGAGGUGGAAAUUGGUUAUUGCUUGGGACUAGAUCCAGAAAUUGAAACACUGGAACUAAUUUCUAUUAUACCAGUUGAGUGUGUUAAUCUUAGUGUUUUCAGCAGAAGGAAAAGGCGUACACUCAAAGCUCAUUUUUGUAAUUCUGUAAUUAAAUAUUAUGAACUUGGAGGCUCAGAACAUCGUAAGAUGUUCUGGAAUCUAUGGUGUGAGAAAGUGAGGUUUUUGUCCCCCAGUGAAGAUUUCUCAUGUCUGUCAGAAACAUCAGCUGAAUCUUCGUCAUCUGAAAGCAGCCUCUAUAUCAAGUCCAAGAAACAUACAGUUUCUGAGUCAGGGAAGCACAGACUAUGGUGUCAGUUUGGAAGGGGCCAAGCCAAAGAUGAGAAUGUAACUGCCCAUGAAGAACAAAGUAUAGUGUCUGAUAACCAUGUCGCAGAACUUCUUCCAGUCAACAGAAGUGUCCUCCGAGGAACAUCAUUAACUGAAAUACGGGUGAAUUUUGAGGAGCCAUUCCAAAAGCAGCGCAGAAAUAAUGGUGUUGGUGAUGAUGAUGAUGAUGAUGAUGAUGAUGAUGGUGACCUAUUAAGAAGCUGUGAAUAUUGUAAAUAUUCAAAUACUGUGUCAUUUUAUGGGAAUACUUUACACGCCUUGGUGAUUGAGUUGCUGAAGCUGAGGCUAUUUGGAACAAAUUAUUAUGUCUGUGAUGAUAGCACUCUACAAUAUUUUAAACGGAAGCUGAAGAAGAAUCUGAAGUUAACAGUGUGGAACUUUAAUUCAACAACAUUAGCUUAUCAGCUAACUAUGAUUGAUAGAGAUCUAUUUUGCAAGAUUGAAGAAAUUGAAAUUGAAAUCUUAUUAAAGCAGCAUUCAGCCAGAAACACUCCCAACAUAGCAGCAAUCAUCGCAUUCUCUCAUAGAAUAUCUUGCCUUGUUGCUACUGAUAUUCUUGAACAACAGAAUUUAAAAACAAGAAGCCUCCUGAUUGUACGGUUCAUCAGUGUAGCACAAAGGUGUGAUACCCUUCAAAACUUUCAGUCAUGUCAUAGUGUACUGGAAGGAUUACAAAGCCCAGCCAUUCAUAGACUCCAUAAGACCUGGGAACGUGUUCGCAAGGAAUAUCCAUCAAAAUACUGCUUGUUUGAAACGCUCUGUCGUAAACAUCGAGAUCCACGACUGCCUGCAUACCAGAAGGCAUUUUAUCAGGCUAGUCUGAAGCCUCCAUUUCUACCUUUCAUUGGAGAUAUCCUAGCAAGAGCUCUGAGAAGAGUGCCGAAUUUUCCCUUAAAACUCUUGUCAAAAUCUUCACAAGAAAGUUUUACAAAUAAAUGA